CCCUUUUUCCUUCUCUUCUUCUUUUUUCAGCUAUUUAAUUCCUUGAGGGCUGUGUGUUGAACUCAAGGAGUACGAUUUGCCCCAGAUAUCACAACCUUGGUCCUCUUCAUCGCCCAUCUUGCAUUGAACCCCACCAAUUCACAAGCGCUCGAAAUCAACGAGGACGAUUACAAGUAGAUCUACAAAAUCAAACAAAAGGGAAAAAAAAUCUUACACAAAAUGUCGGCGUCGUCGUCGCUAUUCUACCGCCGCCGCUCACGGCUUCCGUCGAAGAGUGCGACGGCCAUGCCCGUGUCUGACUCGUCGUCGUCUUCGCUUAUUUCGGGUGUGGCGCGGGCUGGGCGAGCGAGUGUCUCGGCGCCAGAGAUGCCCUCGCUGCCCCCGCUCGCGCUGCUGAGCGUGCCACACGAAACGUCCAUUCUGCACUCGCUCGCACGGCGCCCGCUUCCCCGACUCCCCGAGCCGCAGCCCUCGUCCACCGGCAACACUCAGUCGUCGUCGUCGUCGUCACUGUCCUCGUUGUCCCCAGGGGCUGAGCUGCACCGCGCGUGUUCGGUGGCGGGUCAUGCAAUGGCUGACGAGGGGCGUGCUCAAAUCCAAAUCGCUUGUCGAGGUGCGAAUUCCGAUUUCGGUGAAUCAUCCUCCUCCUCCUCCGCCGCCGCCGCCGCUUCUGCCCCUUCUGCCCUGCACGCUUCCGACACGGCCACGGCAGUGCAUGCGAGCGCUGCGCAGUCACGAACACUGCGCAGGCAGGACAACAACAGCCUCCGCCGGGCUGGCAGCGGAAUGCCAACGUCGUUCGCGGUUGCGAGACCGCAGCACCUCCCUCUCCAGCCGCAAGAUGAUCACGUCCACCCGCAGCCUCCCCACACGUCGGCUCUUCAGCCUUCAGCCACGGGUCUCACGAGCGUCCCUCUAGCGUCAGAUUGGAUGGGGGCCAUGGACACGGACGUGAUGAUGCAAGGUCUCCAAGAACAAGCUGCUGCGAGCGGCUGUCUUGAUGACGCCGAUGCUCAGCAUAUUGCCAACGACGACAACGACGACGACGAUGAGGUCUUUGACGUGUUGCAACCGUACCACGCGCCCAACGAUGCAAGCAUCUCAGACGCACAAGGAAUGGCCCACGUCGUCCCAGGCGCGCAAUUGGCUCACGGUACUAGUGGCGGCGAAGCAGACGCCGCAGAAGACGCCAACCGCAACGAGCAUCGUCUCAUUUCGCAUCCGCCCACCGCUUUUCACGUUGACGCCAGUCCUUGCACCACCACCACCACCGCCACCACCACCACCGGAAUGACGACGCUGCAAGCUGCAACUGAGGCGCAAGACACCCACGACCCUGCCCUACCAUCAUCGCGGCUGCAACGGCACGGCUCGCUGACACGCCGAGCAAGGGUUGAGAAUUCUCGCAACGUCCGCCAAACUCGGCCUCUACCCGCAAACCACAAUCAGCACAUUUUCCAAAGCGAGCCAGCCCAGUUUGCGCGCCGGUCUGCCCCGCAUUCUCGACUCGCCAGCGCGGACAAUUCGCGGCGAGCCAGCGGGCUGUUCAUUGCCGAAAAUGGUGAGGCGGUGCAGGUCCCCGGGCCCCUCGUUGCUGCUGCCGAAGAGCUUGGAAUGGCAGUCACUACACGAGAUACGUGCAUGGAACAGAGCAGCUUGGAAGGAUCGCUGCUGCUCGCCGAGCAGUCACCCGAUCAGCCGCCAGAUCCCAACCAAGUCGAGUGCGUCGACACCUUCCUCUACACGCAUCCGACGCUGACCUCGCAGGAUAGCGACAUUCUUGUCGCGACUGCUGCCAAAAACGACUCGUCCGUCACUGCGCACCAGCGUCAUGCCAAAGGUAUCGUCAGGUUUACGAGCCAAGUCACGACAGAGUCGCCUCCAAUGUCGGCCGCGUCGCUUUCCCCGGGCCAUUUGCGCCCAUGCUCUGUUUGCGAGCUGUUGGACGAGCUGCGGCCGCGAACGCUUGCCCAACUGCGCCGCCACGCCUCCAGUACUAGCUCACUCGGGCGCACGGGGGGAUCUUCGCGAUGCGGCUCGCACAAUGCAAGUCGCUGUGGCUCCCGCGGCAGCCUCGUCGAAGCAGCAACGGGUUUGGCUCCGACAGGGCGACACCACCGACAGCGACGCUUCCUCGAGUGCGAUCUAUCCACUUCUUCUGCGGAUGGUACUGGCGGCAUCCCUGCAGAAGCCAUUCAUCUCGCUGUUGCUGGCGAGUUUGGUCGUCGUUCGCGUGCCAGUGGUGCUCUCAGCCGCCGACACCGCGACUCGUUGCUGUUGCUGGGUUGCGGUUCGUUCAGCGCCCCCACCAGCCCAGCGACUCAUUCUCCAGUAUGCGAACACCCGACUCCAUUCGUGGAAACGGAGGAAGUCUGGUCGGCGUUGCUGAUGCCUGCAGAUCGCUCGUCGCCUGAAUUCUUCACCUUUGAUCUGACGAGCGAAAGCAACUUUCUGACCGACUCCACCGAGACGACCCCGAGUAGCACGCAAUCACUGACCACCACUGCUGCGGCGUUCUACCAAGCGCAUAAUAUUGCUCCUCCUCAGCUCACUGUGGAUGACGAGUACACGAUUGACUCGCCAAACCGCUCCGUGACGACGACUGCUGCUGCUUCUGCUGCUGCUGCUGCUUCGGCUGCUGCUGCUUCGGCUGCUGCUGCUUCGGCUGCUGCUGCUUCUGCUGCUGCCUCAAUGCUGGGAGACUUCUUGGGUGCUCCUCUCCCUGCCGCGCACCUCGUCAUGCAACGCUCCUCCUCUGCGCCGUCUGUCAACCGUGUGCGAACCCAUCUGGAGCGUCGCCACUCGAAUCGUCUCUCGUACGCCGAAAGCCAACAUUUGCCGUCUCGGGCUUACGAUCCCAGCCGCAAAAGCGGACCCUCGUCUGCUACCAGCAGCAGCGAAGCCCUCAACGCGGAACCUGCUGCCCCAGUCGUCUCGAGCGAACCUUUUCGACCAGAUUCGGCUGCGUGGCUCCAGCGUCGACGCAGCAGCGCGACAGCGAGCAGUGUCCGAGCUGCAGCCGCGCGCCGUCCGUCUCUGAGCGGGGCUGGAGAGCGUAGCAUGCUUCGGCACUACCAGUCUCGUCCCAACUCUGUCGCUCUCUCUCCAGUCUCUCUGGUGUUGCUGGGCGACGGCAAAAUGGAGCCACCGCUCCUGCGCAACCGCCAUUUGAUUGUUUAACAUAUCCUAGGCCUCUGCGUGGCCUGGUCGUUGUCUUUUCCUUGUCUUUUUGUUGCCGUUCGUGGUUGUUUUUUGUGAUUAUUGUACAGUAUUUAGCUCGACAUGCACUGUUGGGCGUGUCGAGCAAGCUGCAACCAAGUACCAAA